UGUUUAGAUUUCUCGCCGGCGCCGCUGCCCCGGCAGAACGCGCCACUCCUUCGUCUAGGCAGGACGUGCGUCCAAGUCCGGCAGAGAAGAGGCCAGUGGGAGCAGUGCCAAGGCAAAGCUAGCCGAGCCCAACGGCCCCUCGACUCGGGCAUCCUCUGCCUUCCCGCCUCUCCCCUCCGGAAUUGCGCUCCUCGCGCCCGCACAGCUGCCCCAGCCGCACCGGGACCUUUGGGCGCCGCUGCUAGAUCGUGCCCGCUGCAGAGCCAACAUGCCCAUCACUCGGAUGCGCAUGAGACCCUGGCUAGAGAUGCAGAUUAAUUCCAACCAAAUCCCAGGUCUGAUCUGGAUUAAUAAAGAGGAGAUGAUCUUCCAGAUUCCAUGGAAGCAUGCUGCCAAGCAUGGCUGGGACAUCAACAAAGAUGCCUGCCUGUUCCGAAGCUGGGCCAUUCACACAGGCCGAUACAAAGCAGGGGAGAAGGAGCCGGAUCCCAAAACAUGGAAGGCUAACUUUCGCUGUGCCAUGAACUCCCUGCCAGACAUUGAGGAAGUGAAGGACCAGAGCAGGAACAAAGGCAGCUCAGCUGUGCGGGUGUACCGGAUGCUCCCACCCCUCACCAAGAACCAGAGGAAAGAGAGAAAGUCCAAGUCCAGCCGAGAUGCUAAGACCAAGGCCAAGAGGAAGUCCUGUGGUGACUCCAGUCCUGAUACCUUCUCCGAUGGACUCAGCAGCUCCACCCUGCCCGAUGACCAUAGCAGCUACACAGCUCAGGGCUACAUUGGGCAGGACUUAGAGGUGGAGCGGGCCCUUACUCCAGCAUUGUCACCGUGUACCGUUAGUAGUACUCUCCCUGAAUGGCACAUCCCAGUGGAUAUUGUGCCAGACAGCACCAGUGACCUGUACAACUUCCAAGUGUCGCCUAUGCCCUCCACCUCUGAAGCCACAACAGAUGAGGACGAGGAAGGGAAAUUAACUGACGACAUCAUGAAGCUCUUGGAACAGACGGGGUGGCAGCCGACAAACGUGGAUGGCAAGGGGUACCUGCUCAAUGAACCUGGGGUCCAGCCCACCUCUGUCUAUGGAGAUUUCAGCUGCAAGGAGGAGCCAGAAGUUGACCGCCCUGGGGGGUAUAUUGGGCUGAUAACUUCAGAUCUGAAGAACAUGGACGCCAGCUGGCUGGACAGCCUGUUGCUCCCAGUCAGGCAGCCCUCCAUCCAGGCCAUUCCUUGUGCACCGUAGCUGGGCCCCAGUCCCCUCCUACUCCCCUAAGCAAGCAGGACCUGUCAUCAUGGUAGCUGUGAUGUAAAGAAACAGGACUCCUGUGGGUUCCUUGACACGGCAAAGUAUGACCCCAUUGUUGAGCAGGGAUGGGGCUUCCCUCCUUGGGACAUUAGCUUCUUGGGGUCUGGCAGGCCAGGGUCUGGACUCAUCUUGUGGGAUAAAGCUGGCCCUGCCUCCUGGGAAGAUGGGGUUCUGAGAUUGAUGUGUCAAGGUGGAGGUCUCAGAUAGGAGUCAGCCUCCAGCUUUUCCCUCUAAGCCCAGCUGCCUGGAGAGGGUCUUGCUGUCACUGAGGUGGCCAGAGGGAACGGACCAAUGACCUCAGAAAAGCAUAGCACCAACCCCAGGGCUGGCUCUGCACUAAGAGACAAUUGCACUAAGUGAAUCCUAUUCCCAAAGAACCCCUUCCCUUCCCAGCUGAGCCCUGGGGACUGUUCCAAAGCCAGUGAAAUGUGAAGGACAAUGGGGCCCUGCAGGAUAGCGCUCCCUCAGCCUCAGAGGAGCUCCACCCUGCUCGGGCUGAGGGGCUGGGGAAAAAAAUGGCACUUUUUCUUGUGGGUCUUGCCACGUUUUGAUCAGAGGUGUACACUAAUGUUUCCCCCAAGCUCUCAGCCUUUGCAUUUAUUUAUAUAGUGCCUUGCCCUGCGCCCACCUGCCCCCCCAGGUGGGCCCCAGCAGCCCUCAGCAGGCCCUGGGAGGGAAGUGUGAGUGUCUUGGUAUGAUUUUUAAAAUUGGAAAUGGCAUCUAACCACUAAGUCAUGUGUGACCACAUAUGUACAUAUAUGUAAAUAUGUACAUUUGUCUUUUUAUAAAAAGUUCAUUGUUUAUAA